GGCGGUGCCGCGGAGGCGGUGGGGUCGGUUCGCCUUUUCCCUCUGUCGCCUGAGAGCUGCCCCCGCGGGAGCAAACGCGGCCCUGGGGGGCUCUGGCGGAGACGACCCGGCGCCCCUCGCUCGGGGGAAAGAGCUCGUGUGGCGGGGAGCAUCUCCUGGUUCCGCUGGGCUCCCUGACUGCUGGGUAGUACCGCCACAGGAAUGACGGUGAACCCACCCCUGUGUUUUAGAGGAAAGAAGAUCCUGGCUCCAAUGGUACGAGUGGGAACCCUGCCAAUGCGUCUUCUUGCCCUGGACUAUGGUGCUGAUAUCGUGUACUGUGAGGAGCUGAUUGACAUAAAGAUGCUGCAGUGUAAGAGGGUUAUAAAUGAAGUGCUUGAAACGGUGGACUUUGUUGCACCUAAUGAAAGAGUUGUUUUCAGAACUUGUGAAAGGGAGAGGAAACGUGUUGUCUUUCAGAUGGGUUCAGCAGAUGCUGAGAGAGCCCUGGCAGUAGCUAAGCUUGUAGAGAGUGAUGUGGCUGGUAUUGAUAUCAACAUGGGAUGUCCAAAAGAAUACUCUACUAAGGGAGGUAUGGGAGCAGCACUGCUAUCUGAUCCUGACAAAAUAGAGUCUAUAUUGACUACCCUUGUUAAAGGAGUUUGUAAACCAGUAACCUGCAAAAUCCGCAUUUUGCCCUCAGUUGAAGAUACUGUGAAUCUGGUGAAGAGAAUAGAAAAAACUGGUAUUGCUGCCAUUGCAGUCCAUGGAAGGAAGAAGGAGGAAAGGCCUCAGCACCCUGUCCACUGUGAUGUGAUCAAGGCCAUAUCUGAAGCUGUCUCCAUUCCAGUCAUAGCAAAUGGAGGAUCUCAUGACUUCAUCAAAGAAUAUAUGGACAUAGAGACCUUCCGGAAAGCAACAGCUGCCUCAUCAGUGAUGAUAGCUCGUGCUGCCAUGUGGAACCCAUCUAUCUUCAGAAAAGAGGGGUUUUUCCCCUUGAAGGAUGUCAUGCAAGAUUACCUUAAAUAUGCAGUGAGAUAUGAUAAUCACUACACCAACACAAAAUACUGUUUGUGUCAGAUGUUAAGAGAACAGUUGGAAACUGCUCAGGGUAAGAAGCUACAUGCUGCACAGUCCACCCAGGAGAUCUGUGAAGUCUUUGAAAUGGGUGACUUCUAUGAAGAAACAACAGCUAUUUUUGAAGCAAAGAAAAUGUCUUUAGAAACUGAGACACAAGAUGAAGAUGACCAAAUGGAUGAUCCGGAUGUAAUAAAAAUGGCUGUUAGAUUUGACAAGCGAGAGUAUCCACCACAGAUUACUCCAAAAAUGUAUCUUCUGGAAUGGUGUAGGAAAGAAAAGCAUCCUCAGCCUGUUUAUGAAACUGUUCAAAGACCAUUGGAUAGAUUAUUCUGUUCAGUAGUGACAGUAGCUGAGCGAAAAUACCAAUCAACUCUGUGAUAAGGAUGGAUGUUGUAAAGGAGGAGGAAGCUCAAAGUGGAUUCAUGCUAUAAUCAAGACAUUGGAGAAAGAAAAACUUUAUGCAAAGCAGCUUAAAGAAUGUGUUGUGGAUGAACUGGUGAGACGAAAGUUAAAAUAGUCAGGGAUCUGGAAUUGGUGUUACAUAAAGGGAUAUAAAUGUCAGAGUAAAUGAUUUACCAUCUCCGUGAGCGCUUUUAUUGGUGAUUUAGAUAUGGUUCUGAGAUCCUGGAUGAUGUUCAGAAUUCAGAUCUGCCCACCACAAAUAUGGGAAGUAGCGAUAUAGUUUCUUAAAUAUGAUUGUUGACAGGAGAUUGUUUAAAAUGAAUAUCAGCAUUGUUUCAAGUUUUCACUAGUUGACUAUAAAGCUUUAGACUGAAUUACUUAUAAAGGAUGAAAUGCUGGUUGAAUUAGGUGGAUUAAAGUAACAUACUUUGGAUCUAAGUUCUCAUAAACCUAUUUAGUCAAGGAAUUUUGCCUCCAGCUUUUUUCUGUUUGAAAUUUUUGUGUGCCUAAGAAGGAGCUGAUAUUCAGUACUUCAUGGUGACUGCAUGAGAUUUUUCAUGAAAUGUAUUAUAUGUAAUUGAGAUGGGAUGUGAACUGAAGAAUGCUGAAAAGGGGUAUCGAAUGACCAUCAGUUAAGGAAGUUGCUGCCUGUCCUUGAGUCUCAUCGAUGUAUUGGAAUGACACUGUGUUUGAACUAUGUUGUCAUUAUAUUCUUGGCACUAAUUAUUUUUGAAACAAAUAACACACAUUUCUCAGACACAUGCAAAGCUACUGAAUGAACUACUAUAGCAUUGAAUUCAAACAUGUUAAAUGCUUGCUUUCUUGAAAGGAAUAGUGUGGAGAUAACUAUGGCAAGGGACAGUGAAAGCUGACUUGACACCUGUUCUGAGCUCUUUCAUUGAUCUGUUCUCACUCACCAGUAAUUUCACCCCAUUACAAUUCCAGAUCCUCUGUUAGCAUAGACACCAGUGUGUGUUUUCAAGGCUGACAUGAUACCUGUGGUUCUAACCAAGGUAUCCUGUUUCUUGUUGCAAUCUCUUUCACCUAUUACCUCCUCCCUUUUGCCAGCACAGACACUUGCUUGUGAUUGCUUCAAUUCCCUGAUGUGAUUCACUCUGGGACCACAAAAGUAUUAGUAGUGGCACAAGAGCAAAGAUGGCACCUUGGUAGAGAAAGGGUACCUGGGAACUGGAAGCGUCUGUGGAGUGAAAAUGGGAACCGCUUCAGUCAAUAUUUAUCACCUAGGAAAGGUCAGUAUAGCCGCAGCCUCAUUAACUUCAGGCCCAAAGAAGUACCUCCUGGCAGCCUAACCUUUGCGUUUGUGGAUCUUGUUUAUUGGCAGGGUUCAUAUUAGUCAAAUGAAACUUGUAAUUUUUUGCGUUAAAUUGUCCAUACAAAUGAUGAGAAUCAUGGCAACAGAACCCUCCUGAACAAGAAUAUUGUACAUUGAGAGACAGUUUGCUUUGUAAGUUCUGUGAUUUCUGGGAGCAGCCAAGACAAAUGGUAUUUCCAUGUAAUAUAAUGGCCAGUCUUCGCAAGCGAAGAUCCGGGGAAGGUCUUUACACCUUCCAGCCUGCGCAUUGGAUUUUUUAGGUGAGACACAGUGUAUGUAACUGAAGUAAUAUUGUUACAAUGACUGCCUACUGGCAGAACAGAUGGACCGAAACAGAUCUUGGAGAUGGCUAAACUUCUCAAGUAUUUAUUCACUUUUGUAGAACAUCAUGCACCCCUGCAAUGAAAUCUGUGCUGCACGGGUUCUGCUAACAACAGCUGAUACAGCUGCUUUACAGCCAUGCGGGUUGUCCUUGCAUGAGCUGAGCUCUAAAAAUGCCUACAGCGUACAUCCACUCUCAGUCAUGGGGAAUUGGUGGGCCAAUAUCUGCAUUACUGAAUGGUAAAAUAGUUCUAAUCCAGGUGGACUACCCAUCGAUUUUGAUGCAUGUGGCAGCAAUGCGAGUUUGUGAUGGAAAUCUCUGUUUCUGAGCCUAGAUUGUGUUUUUAGAGAAGACUGUAUCUUUUAAACCCUAGACAUUUUAUUGCUUCUUGCUAGUUCUCAAUUGGGAUCAUGGCAGCUGAUAAACAAUUCAGGCAAGGGUAGAAUCUAAAAUUAAAUAUCUUGUUUUACCUCUUUUCUCCUCCCACUAUUGUUUCCUGAAAACAAAGAGCAUUUUGAAAUAAUUACUGAAACCGCAGCCCAUUUGUAAAUGUUCGUCUAGUAAAUUUAUGCUCUGAAAAAAGUUUGGAUUAGUGCCUACAUAGGCUGAUGUCCUCUGACUAUGAUUCAGAUACACUGUGGUCAAGUCAACUUUACAAAUGUGUCUUGUGAAGUCCUCCUGCCCCUGCAUCUCACUCUCAGUUCUGCAAGUGCAACUCUGUGUGCAACCCUUUGGCUACCUAGACCAGGGAACUGAUGCAGAGUAAAAACAAGCCUGCAAGAUAGAGUGGUUUUGUUAGGUGGAAUUUUUUGAUAACCAAGGGCCACUGCUGCCAAAAGAACCACUCAUAAACCACUUUUAUUCUCAUCUAGGAUGCCUUUGAACUGGGUUAUAUAGUUUCUGUGCUAUCCAGGGCCCCACAGUUCACAUUACCAGAUGCUUUGGACAAUGUCUCACUCUAAAAUGAGAGAUGAAAACAGAUACCUUUUCAACACAGAAGUGGCGGCUGUAAGUAUUUAAAGGGUAGAUAUUGGCAACUACAAAUGAGCUGAAAUUGAAGCUAAGUGGAUUCUUGCAUGUCUAACAGACAAACAGCAUUCCUGUACAAAGUGAGUUGUCUUUCCUGGCAGUAAGGCACUUAGUUGUUUUUUGACUGUGUAACAGAUGCUAUGCCUCUUCUCUAUGCAUGUAAGAUAACAGCAUUUAAUAUUUGGAGGAAAGUUGCUCUGCAGCAAAGAAAAUUUGUGGCAAUUCAAAAUGUGGAAAAGAGAUCAAAUAGGUUUCAUCUUGCAGCAGUUUCUGAGUUAACUGGUUUUAUUUUAAGAGAUUAUUUUUAAAAUAGAACUGCCAGAGGCUAAACUUUGCAGAUCAUUAAAAUAUAAAUACAUUUUUCCAAAUGGUCAUCAGUUCCUCUCUUUAAAGAAACUGCUAUACAGCUUCUAGGGUUUCCUAGUGAGAUUUCACUCCUUUCUUCUAAAUUCUGGUAUUCAUUCACUUUGUAUCAGGGUAUUAAUAGCCACGGUAACCAACUCUCAGUGAGAACCUUGUCAAGUCCUAGAGUAACAGGAGCCAACAAAAAGGAGCAUUUUUCUUUCAUUUCUUUCCUAUGGUUCUCUCAUAAUUUGCCACAAAAAUCAGAUUAUUUUGACAGAACCAGGUUAGGGAGUGAUUCUAUGUGUAUUCAGACUGGCAAAUCUGAGAGGACUGGCAAAUAGAGGCAGUGUGAAGGAGUUCGUCUCUUCUUAAUACAGAUCAGCUGCACAUGUCUGACCAUGUCCUCAAGUUCAGUAAUAAUCUCUCUCAGAUCAAGGCAGGGAAAACAGAAACUCCAUUCUCAAAGUGCCUUGAGAUACAGAGGCCAAAUGAAUGCUCAACUUAUGGUCCAAUUUCUGAUUGGAGUUCUGAUUGCUCUAGACAGACAAAUAAGCUUGAUCCUUUGCUUUACUUGGCUAUGAAUGAAACCAAGGUUUGCAGAGAGAUUUUCCAUCCUGAACUGGUCCCAAAGAGCAUAAGGGAUGGAAAAAGGUAAGGGGAAGGGAAAGGUUCAGGAGAAAGAAUUGAGAGAAAACUAACCUUUUCUCACUACUCUUUGAUGAUGCUCAUGAGACUCUUAUUAUUUUCUCAACAAACAAGGUGUUGGUAUCUUAAACAGUAUAUCUUCCUGAAGGGUCCAGGUAUUUCUCACAGCUGCUGGGGUAGGUGACAGACACACACAGUUGUUUGUGAACCCCGUAACACAUCUGGGAAGGCAUAUAAACUUCUGUGACAUUAUUCACUCUUGAACUUGAAGGCAGAUUGGCAAAAAUAAUACAGUUGGCUCUGGUCUCCAUGUUCCUACCACAUCUAUAUAAACCUAGAUAAGAUAAAAAGUCUUUUAAAAAAAUUUAUGCAUUUGAGUUUUCAUCUGACUUCUGGCUCCAUGUUUUUGUCUACAGAUUAAAAAGCCACAAGCAUGCGGGAUUACCAAGAGUAAUUUCUAAAGGGAAAGACUGGGGAGGGGAGGAUGAAAACAAAAAUGUGCCUCUGUUCCCUAAAACAAAAGCAUAUUCUUUGAAAUAUCUUUAUAGAAAUUCUAAAUAGGGAGCGUAUACCCUGGUCAGUAUGUGAAAGAUACUUAGUCUACUCCAACUGUCCUUCAGAAAAAUUACCAGGCUCUGGCAGUGUCACUGGGGAGGCAGAUACGACCUGUAAACAGACUAACUGUUAGGAAUUACCUCCUACCUCGUGGAAAAACAAGUACUCUAUUAUAUAGAGUAAUAAUUCAGCCUUGUAUUCAUAGAAGUGGAGAAUAAGCAGCUGCUUAACAGUUCUUUUUUGAGUGUUACAGAGUUUUUAAAAUUCUGCCUAUGCAUUUUUAUAUAUAAAUACCUAUAUUGUGUAUCUGGUUCAGGGAUAGGCAAACAUGCUGGAUCUUGGAAGUUUAUACAUUUAUGUGGAGUUAUAAAAUAGUCUGCAUAUUUUCCAAUAAACUGCAAGAGUCAGUAACAACAAGCUUGUUCAUACAAAAGCAGCAUGCAAUUGCAGCUGUAUCUGGGGUGGAAGGGAGAAGAAGAGAUCCCCUUGGAGAGCGUGUGUCACCCUUUUUAAGUGGGUAUCUCCUUGGUUCUCUUAACACAAGUCUGAUUUAUAGGUGGAUGUUCUUUUUUUGAAGAAAAGGGCAACACCAUGUAGUUUGUGGGCAGACAAAAUGCCAGCUGAACUGUGAGUUCUGAACAUAUAACAUGACCCUUUAAAAAUUUUGAAAUUUUAGUAAGGACUGUCUCUACCAUACGAGCCCUGCGCAAACAAGCCCAUUUUUGCACAUAUAGUGAAUGUGCUAUAAUAUGGAUUUGCAAAGAAGCAGCUAAAACUGCAUAUUUGCAAGGAAGUCACUGUAUUCCACUCAUGGGACCCCUAUGGUUUCAGUUUAAAAGAGUACCUAAUUAUUUGAGGGACACGUUUUGUUGCAGUCCUUGACUGACAUCUUUUUGCUUCCCAAGAAUUCCCCUUUAAUUGGAUGCCUCCAUACGUAGCAGAAACAUCUUAUGGUCAGACAGGAUGGCUGCUGUAGUUUGAUGAACACUUUUUCUGGUGUUAGUACUCCUCAGUCUCUGACUGUUCAUUCCCCACAUCAUUGUCCCUGUCUCACUUGCUUAAGUAUGAUUACUUAUGGAAUUCUGUGGUAAAACAGAUUAGAGAGUUGAUGCAGGUUAAAAUCUGUGUUCUCCACUUCCACCACCCCUCCAAAGAGUUCUUUGGGGUCAACAAGGCAGAAAAAAAGGGAAGGAACAAGGAGCCUUGGAGGCAAGGGUGGAUUAAGACAGCACUGAUGGCAAAAAGAGUAUUUAUCAGACUAUGUUCUGUAAAUAUUAGCCAUCUUUGUUGAUGUGGAAGUCUCCGACGUUAGAAAUGUUAAAGGUUUCUCAGUAGAGCUAGUCCAAGGAAGCAUAAACCAAACCCAUUUGUUUCAUAAACAAAACCCCAACCUGAUCUGUCCAAAGGGAGAAUUGCCAUUAUGGAAGAGAUGUGCUGUUUCUCCAGCUGCCCUUGGCGAGGCAGAGUGCUCAAAAUCUACAUGUACAUCGUAGCCUUUCUCUGCACAUACAUGUAUUUGUCAUGUAAAACUGUUGGUACAAAAAUUUAAACAAGUAUUUUUAAAAUUUAUUUUAUUUUAUAUAUAUACAAAUAAAAUAAAAUAAAUUUAAAAAUUUAAAAGUUCAAGUUUUAUUUUCAGAACUAAUAUUGGGGACUACAUCCCACUGAAUUAAAAUGAAAGACUGAUAAAUUUCUAAGGCAUUUUGGAAACGAAAUGUAGGUUUAGGAAGUAAUUUAUUGAUGGUAGGCAAUUUACUCCAUCCAUUGCUCAGACCUUAGUCCUACUGCUAUGUACAGUCAAGCUUCAUUUCUAGGCACUGCCAUAGAAAUUUGGUGGUUGUCAGAGUUUCAGGUCAAGUUAAUUGAGAGGCAUUUUUGAAUUAGUGCCAUAUACCUAAAAAUCAGAAGUUGUCUUUCAAGUUGAAUAUAUGCAGAUUUAUUUCUUCUUUAACUUCAUGCAACUCUUCAGUGCUAACCAAAAUUUUACUUAACCAUCCCAUUGUCUCUUUUAGUAACAAGAGGCAAAGUCAGUUUACAUAGGGUGUCUCACUAUAAUCUUCUAUAUUUAGAACUGAACUUUUUCCCCACAACUCCUGGAGACAAAACACCAUGUGAGAAGUUGACUACUCUCAGCUGAGAACAGAAAUAAAAGUGCCAGUAACAUUGCAAAUAAGCCUUUUUCUCACGAGACUUAUAGCACAUUUUUUUCUGACAGAAAGCAUUCAGAUGAAUUUCCAAACUCUUAGAUGUUUAUCUGAACUAUACCCAUUUGUAGCUUUCCUUAUAUCUGAGACUAAAAAGUAUAUUUGUCAGGGCCAUGGCUUAGAAAACAAUCAUCACUAGUGGACAGAUUGCUUAUUUUCAGAGGUACUGGUAUGAAUUGUGGGGAGGGGAUAAAUUGAUGAAUUGUUGUCGGUUUUAAAGAUUUUCUUUUACUUGAAGUAUAUUUUAGUCUGUUUUUCCUGAUGAUUUACUAUUGCAUAUCACUUCUUCCAGACAAUAAUCCCUUGAAGUGAUUAUCCUUCUCUUUUCUGAGUGCAAAAUGUGUCUUUAGAACUAAGGUUAACAAGAGAAAAUCCUGUAGCAAAUAAUCCAAUAGCCCUGUAUUUAUCACUUGCAGUAAGCCUCAUUAUUUACUUUUCAGACUUAUUUUCUCCAAGUUUCACUGCUGAUCAGCCUCAUCACAGGUUUUUUUCUAAAGUCACUAUACAGCAAUGUGUUUGCAGCAUUUAUCCUUGAGAUACCAUCUGUUCACUCACAUGCUUGUUCAUACGGGUUUUUGCUGGUGUUUGUGAAGAGCACGGAUCUCACAGCAGUGCUGGAGUAUUUCUCUGGAGCUGUUGCCCCUUGUGGCCAUACCCAGUGACUGGGACUGUGUGUGAGGUUUUGUCUCAUGACACGCAGCACUUGGCAGCAGUACUAACUUUAGAUAUCCGUGGUCUGUGUUCUUAUUGCAUCCACUGCACCAUCCCUGAGCGCUUGUGCUGACACAGCUUUUUGUGGAUCAGAUCAGGGAACUUACCUGGCCUGAACAGUCCUCCCCAUCUCCCUACAAAUAAAGAACGAAGCUGGGUCAGAUCCCUUGCUCUGGCUCACAAGGUGGUCUCAAAUAGUUCUGCCAAACCAGCAGAACAGAUGGCAUUGCUUCUGUGGCACAGAGGGAAGGAACAGAGCAUUACUGGUGUUGCCUAACACCAUAUUCUUAUUAGCCUCAGAGUACAAACAGAUACAGAUAUUAAAUUUAUUUCUUAAUACUUCUUGUUAUAACUGCAAUUUACCUUAAUGGCUGGGUUGCUGAUUUUAAGUAUAAAUGUGUAAGGGAGGAGGUUUUGAGACUUAGGUUUUAUAAUUUAUCGUGUAGUCUAAAUUAGUUUAUUCAAAUCAAUUAAAAUAUUGUUAGAAAAAGAUCUGUACUUAAUAUACCCAGCUGGCAUUAAUGGCAGUCUGACUAACUAGUACAGAUCAAAGAAUUGCUUCUUUUGCUAAUGAUUCUUUAAUAGCUAGGUUAGUAUCAUCUUUGGUUUGUUAUCUGGUACAGUAAAGAUACAUGUUUGAAACAGUAACAAAGUCCCUGCAAAUAGGGUCAGGUCUGGCUCUGUUCCCUGAACUAGUGUGUGCUCCGGCAUUCAGUCAAAUUGAACCGAUUCCAAUGAUUUCUGUACUGUACCUGACUCGAGCUGGCUUUUCCUGCAAGUCUUGUAGGCCAGAAACCUGUGACUGUGCCUUUGCUGCCUUGCAUUCAUUCUCCAUAGAUAUUGUUCUUUGAUCAAACCCGCAGAUACCCCAUGGUUUAAAAGCUUUUUCCCCUCUCCCCCCACUCUCUGCACUUUGGCACAAGGCAAGCAAUUGAUAAUUUCUGUUUUUGUUUGUUUGCUUUUUGUUUGUUUUGGUUUAGUUUUGUUCGGUUUUUGUUUUGUUUUGGUUUGUUUCGUUUUUUAAGAAAAAGAUGUGUAGGAGGUACAACAACAGAGGACCAGGAAAGGACUAUAUGCAAACCCCUUUCUUUCACAUCUGUUGUGGCCCCAUUACAAAACAGCUGCAUAAUGAGAGAGAGCUCUGGUACACACCCAUCAAAUAUCUCAGAGAAUUGGCCCUGGGGCAUAGGCAGGUGGGCUGUUGGUGAAGAAAACUAAGGUGAUAAAGUUAUGACCAAGUUACAGGUUCCAUCCUGAUUUUCACAUGGAGUUAAGGAAAAUCUGCUGUUUAAGCUGUGUGGGCUGAUGUGGCUUAUUUGAACGGUUACUGAACAGGGAGUGUCACUGCUCGCUGUGUGAGUUGUGUAGGUGUCUGGGAAGGGUCCCCCUUCCCUGAGCCCAGCAGCCAUCACACCGGGACAUGCAUCCGCAGCCUGAGAGGGAACCGCCACAGGCUGAGCGGAGCUGAAAAACCUGCCACUUCCCAAAGAAAGUGAUUCCAUUCCUGCCUUAUUCUGCCCAAGGCAGAAAAUUAACACAGUAAAAGUGGGUGAGAUGUUUCCAUGCAGUUUAGUGAGUUAAGUCAGUUCUCUGAAGGUCAUAUAAGAGAACGCAUGUGGAAUCCCUCCUUUCCUCAGCAGGGAAGUUUGGACUGGUGUGGUGAUCUCACUCCACCUUGCCUGGGUUGGUUUUGCACAACAAUUCAUAGCAAGUUAUGCUGGGUGAUUGUGACUUUCUGCUGAAAGACGUUAGUGUGCCCUUGUUGGAAGGAUUAGAUUUAGUGAAGUUUCAUCUAUUUAAUUUACUACCUGCUAAAGCUAAUUACAGUUCAUGUCACCAUUUAGACUGCGAGCUCUGGGAUUCAUAUGAAGGUGGUUAACCACAGAGUGUUGGACUGCUAAUGGUCCCAGGGGCCCUAGGACCUCCUAUCAAACAACCAUGAAACUGAGCGAGCUGAGGUCCCUCUGUUGUGCCACUCAUGCUACCAUAUAAUGAGCCAGUUCAGGGAACUGAAACAAGAAGUUGCUUUCUUUGGAGAGCUAGUUUUUAACUGGCUCAGAUCCCUGAGCUGACUUACUGCGCAGUGCUCACAUCAGCACAAAUCAAUGAGCAGUCAAGGGGAGGGCGGAGGACCAGGCUGUGGCAAUUGUAAAUUAGGUUGGCGUAAGGUGUUAUCGAAAUACACUCUAAAUGGAAGCAGAAAAAAAAUAAAAACUUUCCUUUCAGAAUAUUGUUUUUCUUGAGCAAUUGAACUACUACUGAGAAAUGCAAAUAUAUGAAGUACACAGAAAUUUAAAUCUUACACAAUCCUAAUUAAAUUUUUGAGUCAGUAUUUGGGCCAGUUAUGUUGUAAAUAUUGAAGUAGAUUUCCCCCGAGAAGGUUUAUUCUCACAGUUUUGUUUAAAUACCUGUCAUUCUGGCAAUUUUAUGGGUUAAUUAAUUUAUUUUCUGAAAUGUCUUUCUGGGAUAUUUUCCCUUUAACUACUUCAACCCAUAACCUCCUGUUCUGAGAGUUACUUAAUCUUUGGUCUUGUACAGUUUACUGGCAACCAUUCCAUUCCUUUUAGGAUUUCUCAUUUUUGAUUCUCUUAGCAAUAUAAACUGCAUAUAGCUACUAUUUCCUAACAGGAAGCCUCACACAGUGAAUUGAUGUUACAUUUAAUUAACAGAAGAGUUUUAGAUAUUUCAUAAAGUUACUGACACCAGAACUGCUGUACAUUAAUACCAAAUGUUUGACAUUGUUUACUGUGAGAAGAGAUUGUAAUCCCGGAUUAAAAUCAUAUUAAAAGAUGGACUAAAUUUACUUUCCAACUAAAGAAUUGCUAUAGGAAAGAGUUAACAUUGCUUGGAUAUACUAUAUGUAGUUCUAUACCUUAAUAAGUUUGGAUUUCUUUCAAAUUGUACUCUUAACAUUUCCUGGUUUACAAACUAAUUUUCUACACUGAUUUUAAAGUCUAAUUUUAAACUCUUACAAUCAAUUUUAUAACAGCAUCAGUAUUAUUUGUUAGGGAAUUCCCAAUGAGAAAAAGUCCAAGAAGUCCAGUAAGACUGUUUUUAAUACUCUGAAGGUAUAUAAAUACCAAUAUUGAUACUAUUUUUAGUUUGAUCUUUUGUCUGGUUCAUUGGUACAUACCAAUUGUUUUGUACCAAGCCCAGUCAGAGUCUGGUAGCUAGUUGAACUGGGUUUACAACUUUGGAAGCUGCUAGACAAAUAACUUUCAUGUGCUGUCUUGACUGGAAAAGAUUAAUUUCCAGUUUAUGGUCAUACUGUAGCAGACACGCCCCUCCCCGUGCGAUAAUAAAUAUGAAACUGUAUUCUGUGAUACAGAUCUUGAAUAUCUUGACUGUUUUUGGAAGGUGAUACUAUAAAAAUUUUUUAAGCAUAAAAUACACUUUUUCUUAACCUAGGUAAAACUUGGAGCAAGCAGUGUCCCAUUUGGUGCCUCUGGUGCUUUAGAAGGCUUUUCCUUUUAAUGUUUCUUGAACAACUGUAUAAACCCAGAGGAUUAGAGUCUGCCUGCAGCAGAGCACCAAGAAGGGCAGCUGUUCUCUUCAGCAUUUUUUUGCUGAGCCAUCAGGACAGCUUAAUGCUACUACAUGUUAAAAACUCAUGCAUUAUAGUGAUUGUGGGUACAGACAGUACACACAGUGCUGCUGACCACUUCCUGCUGAAUCCCUGCCCCACUGAAAGUAAUAGGAUAAAAGUUAGAUGGUGUAUCAGCAGUAGCUAUUUUAUCUUGAAAAAUUAUACAUCUUUUUGAUAAUGUUUUGCUUGGCUUUUAAUCUAUAAAAAUAGAAAGAGUAAAAGGAGGCAGAAUAGGCAAAACAAUAGUCUUCAGGCUUUGUUUCCUUGUAAUUAGAUGAAUUCGCAGUUGCAGUAUAUUUCUUGCUGUUUUCUUGAUUUAUUUUUUUGCUUUCUCAAAUGGUCAUCAGAUUCUGCCUUUGUGAAUUUCCCCCCAUUGUAUUAUCUCUAUCAUAAAUAUAUCUUAAAAACCUCAUUAUGUCCCCAGGAAAGAACACUUUACUCUGUGCCAUGCAAUAGCUCUGCCUUUUUUUAGAUCUUCAGGGGUUUUGCAUUCUUUUUCAUCCAGAUAUUUGAGUCAUAGCACUCCUUGCUAAAACUCUGGUUUGCUUUAGUCUUGUACGUGUGGAAAAGACCUUGAAGAUGGUUUGCAGAAGUAUGUGGCAUCACAGUGUAGGGUACUGGUGUGUUUAUAACUUGAUGCCUAAACCGGGGUUUGUGCUAAUGACUCUUCUCUCGUAUUGUCAGUCUAAGAUCUUUUGCAAACCUUGUCCCCCUCUCGGUUUUGUUUAAGGAACUUAUUUUUUCAAGGACAAAAUAUUUUGCUGUGUUUCUGCUACCUCGUUGAUGUUACAUAUAUAGAAUAUAGAUGUUUUCUAAUAUAUUUUUUGUGUUUCAUUCUACUUUCUCCCUAAAUAAAUCCUUUGAUAUACUGCCUUUCAUUUAGGCAUAUUAAACCAUGGAGGUUAUCAUGGAGGUGACCAGCUUCCAUUGCUUUAUAUUCUUUGUCUCCCAAUUGUUACUACCUGGAUGUAACUAUUAUGAUAUUUUUGCCUAACAAUGACAGAAACUAGAAGUAAAUGACAAAAUUAGAGAACAUUUUGCAUACUGAGCAAUUUUCUAAUGCUACAUUUUGCAAUUGUUGUCUGCUUUCCAAUUAAUCAACAGAUUGUGAACCUCAGUAUCAGCAAAUACUUUAUACAAAACUCAGGCUAAUAAAAAUAAAACAGAAUAGUUAAUUGUUUUUCCCAGUAACCAGUGCAGCCUUGAACACUUCAAGUGUUAACUAGCCAACAUUUUAACUGAUAAAGGCACGUGGCAUUUUGUACAGCUAAUCAUAUCUUCAGUCCGUCAAACUCAAACAAUGUUAUACUUCAAAAGGACAUUAUGCAAUGAAAUACAUGAGAAAAAAAAGAUUUUAACCACAGUUUGUGUCAUGUUUUAGAAUGGAUGUAUUCUUUAUUUUAACAUGAGUCACUCUUAAUGUCAUGGUUUAUACGAUUGUUUUAGACAAAUUUUUUAAUGGGAAGAUAAUCAAUGUAAGUUUGGUAAGGACCUAAUUGAAUCAUUUCCUGAUCAAAUAGUGUCACAGUGUUAAAUUUAACAAGUUUAGCCUUUUCUCCUACUGAUUUUCUUAAUGGGAAAGUAUUUGUGGCUUACUGGUAUUAUUCCUUCUUAACGUAUGGGAGCACCAGAACCUCGUCUCCAGAGGAGGAAACAGCAGGUCAAACAUUUUAUUUUGCAUUCGUAGAAGGAUGACUUCUGCAUAUUCAGACAUCUGUGACCUUUUUGAUAAUGAAAGCAACUGAUCAUAUGAUUUGGUUUUGCUUGAUGACUAGGUGAUAUGAAUCCUUGCAGUAAGAUUUCUAGUUUGAAUACAUGUUAAAAAAACAUUUUAUGUGAGCAUUCAUUGAAAUGCUAUUGUUUUGUUCAAUAUAAAUUAACAGCUAAACCAUUCUUUAUAUACAUAUCUGAUGAAUUAAUAUAUAGGACUUGCAAAUACAGCAAAAAUAAAUUAAUUUUAAAUGGGUGAACCUUUACUGGGUAAUAUUAUUCCACAGUUGACUGGGGGCACUCCAUUAAUUGAAUAGAUCAUUCUCCAGCUAGGAAAAAUAAUGAGAUAGUAUUUAAUUAGUUGUUCCUUUUUGUGUUUUGUCUUUUCUACUUUCCAUAAAUUUUUUAAUGUAUAGCAGGACCUUUAUCCCAAUCCAGUCUGACGUAUCAGAAGCCAGAGGAUCCAGUGAAGACUUAUUCCUGGGAAGGAGUUAGGGUAGAAAGGUAAUGAUUGGGACCAGCAGCAUAAUAUCAGAUGAAGGACUGUGGUGAGGAUUGAUUCUGUGACCAAAUUGAAUAGUUAAACCUCCCAGCCCUUGCUCUGUCAAAGAAGAAUCAACCCUCUUAACAUGCAAUCUGGACAGCAAGCCAGGUGGAAACUCAAGUCAACUAAAAAACUAAGACAAGAGCUGCUAAUGAAAACUACUGCCUCUGUUCCAAUGCAAAGGCAAAAAUAAACGUAAACCACCUGGCUGGCCUGUUUGACUUUAUAAUGGGAUAGAUUACAGCAAAAAAGGCACAUAAGCACCUGCAACAGCCGAGGUAUGGCUGUCGUGUUCCACAUGUUACCUCUCAGCUGAAACCUGUUUUGUCCAAAUGAAAAUGUUGGGUGAGAAAGUUCAUUAGGCACAGAUUAGGCAAGUGGUGUGAGCACACGUGAUCUAACAACUGCAAAAUGGAUUCAGUUCCACAGAGGAACGUAGGGGUCCAAGAUCCAAACUACUACUAUUAAGUUUUUCACACCGUUAGAAACUACUGUUUCACAUUGUCUGAAUCUGAUGUGGGUCAAGGACAAAAGAGUGGUUUGCACAAGGCUGACAGUCCUGCUCAUUGAAGAGUGAGCCCAUGAGGCUUCCUAUGGAAACCUGGGCAUAUGCAUAUCAAGAAAAGAUACAUUUAUUCUGGUUGCUUAUUCUGAACUAUGGUGAAAAGCUGUAAUAAGAGAAAGUAUCUUUUUCUACCUCUGAAGAUAAUUAAUAUACUGAUGAAGAAACCUAAUUUAUGGAUAAACUAAGGUUAUGUGCAAUUUAUUGAACUAGAAUAUAUAAGGAGGGAUGACUUCAGCACAUAAGAUUGUGGUUAUAUCUUAGCUAAUCAAAGGACAUUGAAUGUAACGGGGAAAGCAGAAAACCUGUUGCACCUUAAACUGCACACGCAUUACACUUGAACAGAACCCUAUCAUAAAAGUAUCAUAGUAUGUACAGAUCCUAGAAUAGUAUAGCUAAGGCCUCAGAGACUGGGGUUCCAUGUUGCUACAACAGUUGUGUGAUGCUUCUCCUUGUCCAGUACAAAGAGAGAUAUUAGCCCAAAUCAUCUAGCCAGGCUGUUAGACUUCUCAAAUGCAAUGCGUAAGAAGUAUUCCAAACUUGAGAGUCCUUACUAAGAGGCCUGGGCAAUCUAAGGGAAAAGAGGAACAGCAGAAGUUGUAUUAUGUUCACCUCAGAAGGACAGUAAAGCAGUGAUUUAAGUGUCUAUAUAAAUAGCAAGUUACUUGUGCCCCUUUGAAGAAGUCUGAAAAUUAGACUGCAAGAGGAGGGAAGCUUGGAACAGAGCCUGUAUUUUCUAUAUCCCAGUCUUGUACAACAGUACUGUCUGCUGGCUAAUGAACAGUCAAAAAUGAAAGUUAAAAUAUGGAAAAGUAAGUAAAAUGCCACCUUAGUCUUUUUAUUGAGCCUAAGAGUUUUCAUGAAAUCUCAACUGAAUUUCCACUAAUAUUUAUCUUAUGCAAAAACAUCACUAUGUAUUAAAAGAGUUUGUUCUUGUUGUGGUAGCAAUCUUGGUUAUUGUCUGAUUUCACUCCCAAACCACUUAAGCCUUUGUAAUAACACUCUAAGGUAUCUAUAAAAGCAAUAAUUUCAGAAGCACUUGUGCCUGGAGUGUCCUUGUAUAUUGAUAUAAGUAAUAAUGUAGCUGAUACUUUUACUUUGCUUUCAUUUGAUGAUCUAAGAGCAAAGUACUAUGAAUAUAAAGUCUGUGAGGAAAGCCAUGCAGUUCAAUGUCAGAUUUCUAGACCCUCUUUUAAGAUGUGUGAUGGUAACCACCAAAUGGGAGGAUUCCAACCUGCUCCAUGAAAAUAUAGAAAUAUAAAGCAGCAGCAAACUUUAUGAAGUAAUGUUUGGAUUACAUGGCAGAAUGUUAAACAAACAAUGAAGCAAAGCAAUGGUUGUUUGAAAAUAUAUUGAAGAGAAAUAUAUUAAACUGUGUUUAAUAUGACUGCAGUAAGUUUAGGAGGGCAAUGAAACUUCUUGGGGAAAACUGUAAAAUGGUUAAGUGAGACUGUGACCUCAUUAAGUUUUUAGUGUGGGUAUGUUUUUGUCAACACACACCUUGUAGGCAGUUAUUUUUUUUUUUUUUAGCUUUGUAAUCUUGCUAUUACAAAUGCCCCAUUUAUUAAACACUGAGCACAAAAUUUAGAUAGAAUUGGUAUAAUUAAGUUAUGGCAUAGGAAGUCUUAAAAGGAUGACUAGAUUUUCACUGAAAAUUUCAAACUUACCCAAGUUCAGUCAAAUUGCUGUCUUCUACUCUGUUUUCUACUACCAUGUAUUCUAAUGCCUGAACUAGGACAACUUCUAAUUUUGCUGCAAAACUUUCCAAUGCUAUGCAAUCUACUUUUGAUUUUGUUUUCCUUAAUUCCCCAGUGGCAGAAGUUUCAUAUUUCACCCAAGCACUGGUAAUUAGCCAAGAUGUCACAUAUUAAAUAUAAAUAACCUGACCUUGUGUGCAGAAUGCAAGCCCUUUUCCUAUACUACUGCUGAAUUUAACUUUCUUCAACAUAGGCUCUAUGCUGAAAUAUUAUCUUUCUCCUAUAUAACACCAUUCUGCUUGCUUAAACAAUGGAUGUUCCUUGUUAGCUGUAAGAGACAUGAAGGGAAGGCUGUGACAAUUUUGUUUGUAUGCCAUUUGCAAAUGAGUUUAAGAGUAUUUAGUAUAUAUUCACAUUGAUCAAAAAACUUCCCUUAAUGUACUCGUGCUUUCUUCAAUUGCAGCUGUAAAAGGCAUUAACUACAGCUGCAGCCAAGGAACACUGUCUGCUCAUUCCAGGGGUCUUUGUCAUCUGCCCUUUCUCAUCUGCCCUUUCUGUGCCACGGUGGUGUGUGUGCCUUCUAAACAGGUCCAGAUUCAGCCACAA